AUGUUCCCCCCGAGGCGUCCUGCAUUUCAUCCAACAGACAGAGGAAUAGCACCGAAUGUCGGCUACCAGAGCAAGGUUCGAGUCAUCGACCGCUACAAGGUCAUCGGCUUUAUUAGCAGUGGAACCUAUGGCCGAGUCUACAAGGCCGUCGGCCGUCAAAACCAGACGGGCGAGUUUGCAAUCAAGAAGUUCAAGCCCGACAAGGAGGGCGAACAGAUCCAAUAUACGGGGAUAUCGCAGUCAGCAGUUCGGGAAAUGGCCCUCUGUUCGGAACUCAGCCAUCCAAAUGUUAUCAAGCUGAUCGAGAUCAUCCUGGAGGACAAGUGCAUCUUCAUGGUGUUCGAGUAUGCGGAGCAUGAUUUGCUCCAGAUCGUCCACCACCACACGCAGCCCACAAGGCAUCCGAUCCCGCCACCGACCGUCAAGAGUAUCAUGUUUCAGCUUCUGAACGGCUGUCAAUAUCUACAUAGCAACUGGGUGCUCCACCGAGACUUAAAGCCUGCAAAUAUCAUGGUUACGUCUAGCGGCGAAGUCAAAAUCGGAGAUCUUGGGCUUGCACGGCUCUUCAAUAAACCGCUGCAUUCGCUAUUUAGCGGUGACAAGGUAGUCGUCACGAUAUGGUACCGUGCCCCGGAGCUGCUCCUUGGGUCGAGGCAUUACACACCAGCCAUCGACAUGUGGGCUAUAGGAUGCAUCUUUGCAGAGCUGCUCUCACUGCGGCCUAUCUUCAAAGGCGAGGAGGCAAAGAUGGAUUCCAAGAAGACCGUACCCUUUCAGCGGAACCAGAUGCAAAAGAUCGUCGAGAUCAUGGGGUUGCCCAGGAAAGAGCAAUGGCCACACCUGGUCAAUAUGCCAGAAUACGCGCAGCUGCAAACAUUACCUACAAGCUCUCAUAACAAGUCUGGGGGGUCAAAUCUCGAGAAAUGGUAUUACAGUACCAUUAAUUCUCACUCGGCAACCUCUGUGAUGUCUUCCAAUUCUUCACUGGGGGCCGAGGGAUACAAGCUCUUGAGUGGAUUAUUGGAGUACGACCCCGAGAAGCGGUUAACCGCACAGCAAGCUCUGCAGCACCCAUUUUUCAGCACGGGCGACAAGGUAUCAGCGAAUUGCUUCGAGGGCAUGAAGAUGGAGUAUCCGCAUCGGAGAGUGAGUCAGGACGACAAUGAUAUUCGCACGAGCAGCUUGCCAGGCACCAAAAGAAGCGGACUGCCGGAUGAUUCUAGGCCCAUGAAGAGGAUGAAGGAAUGA